GGCGGGGGGAGAGCAGCCCCGAGAGCCGGGGCGGGGCCGGGCUUCCCCUGAGGGGCGGGCAAUGGCGCCGGGGCAGCCCGGCGAGAGCGGGGCGCGGCGGCCUGGCGGGGCUGCCCGCGUCUGAGAGGCUCGGCACCGGCUGCGUCGUCAGCCCCGCGCCCGGCCGCUGGCGGACAUGGACCAUCGGCUCGCCGAGCUGGUGGAGGAGCUCACUACCUCGGGGGAGCCGCGCCUGGAGCCCGGCAGGAUGAAGGAGCUGAAGAAAAUCUGCAAGUCUUCAGACGAACACAUCAGCCACGCCUAUCACCUGCUGAUGACACGGCUCCAGGAGGAGCACGCCGAGAUGCGCUUCUCGGCUUUGCAGAUCGUGCAGGAGUUGUUCACGCGCUCUCAUCAGUUCCGGACGCUAAUCAUUUCCAACUUCCAAGACUUCUUGGAGCUCACGGUGGGGACAGACCAUGAGCAGCCUCUUCCCCCGCCCAAAGAGGUGGCACAGAAACUGAGGAAAGCAGCCAUUAAGUCAGUGCAAGACUGGCAUGAGAAAUACGGAGAAGCCUACAAGAAGCUUUCUCUGGGAUACCACUUCUUAAAGCAGAAUAAGAAGGUGGAUUUUCAAGAUGUACAUGCCAGAACUGUGGCCGAAAGGAGGAGAGAAGAGGAGAAGCAAAGACGACUGGAUAACAUUUAUAAAGAAAAAGCUAAAAAAGCUGAAAAGGAAAUGGAAGAAAUGUCUCAAGAGGUUGCUGACACGCUGACAGAGAUGGAAAACUGUUUCCAACUUCUGAUGCCAGAUCCUUUCGAGUUCACUGUGAACAACACAGAACUGGAACCCAACAAACGAAUGGCUACUGAUGUGGAUAGGCCUGUGUCCCCCUUGUCCUCCCAGAUGGAAGUUAACCAGUCCCAUUUUGGAUUCAUGGACGAUGAACAGCCAUGCUGCAGCAAGGACAUUCUGUCUGUUUCUCAGUGUGUUAGAACUGAUGAAGAGUUAGAUGAGAAACAGGAGAAACCUGAGCAGAAGGAAUUAGAUGAGGGCAUAUGCUUGGAAGUUCAUUCUGAUGUUUCUGCUCUCAACGAUGAUGAUUACCAGACUUUUGUGAGGAACCAUGGGCUUAUAUCACAUAAAUACACUCUAGACCUUGAAAUCUCCACAGAUAUAAAAGUGCAGGAGAAUGAAGAUAACACUGCCAUAAUAAACAAUGUCACGGAUGCUCAUAAACUCCUCAGGAAUAAGUUCUGGCCUUCUGUGCAGUCCUGGAUUCAGUUAUUUACCAGAGCAGGAAUAAAUGAUGAUCGCCUAAGAUGUGCCAUUGAUCUCAAGAACAAACUGGAGAGAGCUAUGAAGAAAUACAAGGAAAUGAACAUUUCCUUUAAAGAGAGAAAAAGAAAAGUGAUGAAAGCCUUGGAUGAUGAUGACGACGAUGAGGAUGAAGAUGAAUUUGUGGAGGUCCCUGAGAAGGAAGGUUAUGAGCCUCACAUUCCAGACCACCUGCGUAAAGAAUAUGGGCUGGAACCCCAAUCACCUCCCAAAGCACCAGUAGGAAAGGCACCGGUAAGACCAUCUCCGCUGACCUCUCACACUCAUCUGAAGGGGAAUGAAGACGAACUUGAUCCAACCUGUGCAGCUGCCACACUGAAACUUAUUAGAGACAAACUACCAAAGUUACCAUCUCCACGUGCCAGUGAGUCUGCAACCACUGAGCCAGCAGCCUCAGAAGAGCCCGACAGUAAGAGAAGAAAACUAGAAGAAGAAAGAGCUAAAGCUCCCCUCAUGCCUUUUGGAUUAGAUCUUCACUACUGGGGACAGGAUCAGCCAAGUGCUGGGAAGAUUCUCAAAUUUACUUCUGAGCAUCGAUUUUGGGCACCCAGUGAAGUAGAGGAAGAGGUGGAAAAUAAAGAAAUAACUGAAAUGUUAAAAACUAGAUACAUAACAUUUGCUGGCAAGUUUGAACCAGUGAAACAUAAAUGUCGAGCUCCAAUGCCUGAUGGAAGCCUGUGUGAAAGACAAGAUCGGAUUAAGUGCCCUUUCCAUGGAAAGAUAAUUCCUCGGGAUGAAUCUGGGAUUCCUGUGAGCGCAGAGGACAGAGCCAGAGAAGAAAAGAUGCGGUUAGAGAAGCAAGUGGCUCAGCCAGAGUGGCGAGAUCCAGAGUUCAUGAGAGAAGUUGAAGCAGCUACAGGAGUGGAUCUUGGUUCAUCUAAAAAUAGUGGAAAAGGAGGGAAAAAGAAAGGGAAGAAGAAAAAAUACCCCAAUCUGACAGACCUGAAGCAGCAGGCUAACACUUCUCGGUCUCGGCUUGAGAAGAAAGUCUUCAAUAAAGGUGCAAUGAAACGGGUGGUGAAAGCAAUGAACAGAGUGGACCAAAGGAAGCACGAGAAGUUUGCCAACCAGUUUAACUAUGCACUGAAUUAAGUUCUUCAUCUUUUUUGCCCUUUAUUACAAGAGUGCAGCUGCACAGAAGCUUUAUCACAGAUCUUCAUACUUAGACUAAAAUACCAUACUAGGUGCAUUCUUACUGGAGUAAUGUUUUAAUUGUUUUCAACUUUAACUUAUUUGAUAAUGAACAUUGAUUUUGGCAAAGAUGUGGUGGUAUAGAAGGGAAUGCAUUGAACAAGUUGUUAAUUAUUUAAAAUGUACAUGAAAUAGAGUGUGUUUUAUGACUUGUAUAUAUUCUGGGUAAAAUGUUUGGGGUUUUUUCCUCCUUCCUAAGAGACUCUUGUAAUUUAUACAUCCCUUGCCAAGUGUUUUGUAAUUUGCCUCUACUUUCAUGCCAUCAGAAAAAAGAUGCCUUACAAGCAAUUCAAUUUCUACCACAGAGGGCAAAGCACAAGGUAUCAUGCUCAGCCUGUUCUAGAAAGUGAACCACAUCAAGCACCACCAUGGCUCCUGCAUUAGCUCUGAAGACCCCUUGUGUUGUACACACUAAAAAUUCACAGAGUCAUAGACUGCUGGGGGUUGGAAGGGGCCUCUAGAGCUCAUCCAGUCCAACUCCCUGAUAAAGCAGUUUCCCUCAAUCAGAGGGCACAGGAACAUGUCCAGGCAGGAUUGGAAAGCUCCAGAGGAGGAGACUCCACACUCUCCUGGGUAGCCUGGGCCAGGACUCCCUCACCUGAAAAGCAGUUUUUCCUUGUGUUUAAGUGAGACUUUUCGUGUUCCAGUUUUUGUCUAUUACCCCUUGUCAUGACAUUGGACACUACAGAAAAAAGUGUCCACCUUUUAGGUAGUUAUAAGCUUUGAUGAGGUCCCUCAGUCUUCUGAACAGCCCCAGUUACCGCAGCCUUUCCUCAUAAGAAAGAUGCUCCAUUCCCCCGAUCAUCUUGGUGGCCCUGUGCUGGACUCUCUCCAGCACUUCCCUGUUCCUCUUGAGCUGAAGAGACCAGAACUAGACACAGGACUCCAGAUGAGGCCUCACCAGGGCAGAAGGGAAGGAGAACCUCCCUUGAGCUGCUAGACACCCUUGAUGCGUCCCAGGAUGCCAUUGGCUUCCUUGGCCAUGAUGGCACAUUGCUGGCUCAUGUUUAGUUUGUUAUCAAUGAGGUAUCCCAGGUUCCUCUCCACAGAGCUGCUCUGCAGCAAGUCAAAAUCAAAUCAGCUGAUCAUUCAGACAAUGGAUGGAGUUGAGUUUGAUUUCAGCAAACUGAAAUCCAGGAACUAAUUCAAACUUGGUAGCUGUGACACCAGUGGAGAAGCUGAAAUGACAAAGGUUCUGCUUCUUGUUUUCCCUAGAUGGCAUCCCUGUAUCUGUCGGAACUCUGGAACACCUGGAAAGCAUGUUGCAAAAGUUUGUAGAGAUACUCAGGAUGUGCUGCAGUUUAACUGACACCAAAAAGCUCUGGCACAAAGUGAAAAUGUUGAAAGUGAAAGAACAUUCAAGUGGCAUAUUCUGUUAGUGAGCUCCCUGGCUUGCAUCAGUUAAAAUUACAUCAGGCUCAAGCCUGAGAAUGCAUGUAAGGAUCCAGAUACAAAGAGAAGCAUCUGUACUCGUCUAACUCCAGAGAGCUAACACACAGAAUGACAUUAAGCAGAUGGAUCCAAUGUCAUUUGUCGUUGUUGGCUGGAUGCUGAACCAGAUCCCCCAAACAUGCUUUAUUGGCUAUGGAUGUAUCUUAAGCACAGUGAACAAGCCACUAACCACUUGUGCUCUUGCAAGGCUUCAGACAGCUUGAAGGGUGGAGGAAAUCCAGAGUAGCAAAGAGGGUAGAGUGUUUGAAAAAUCAAACUGAACAGCAGUCUUCAAUAAAAUACUGAAUACAAGUUAGAAUGGAUUCUCUGCAGCACUGCCUUAGUCACUCACCAGUUGGAGAUGUUUCCUCAGGCAUCAACAGGCUCUAAGAAUUAAAAAAGGAGAAAAUUUAAACUUCUCUGUGUGGCUUCUGACCACCUCAGACAAAAGCUGAUUCACAGUUCUGCCAAAUACCUUUUCACUUGCACAAGUACUGCUUAGAAAGCAAUUAAUGCUGCAUCUUGGUAGUUUAUCUUGCAUGAGCUCUAUAGUUUGGAAGACAUUUUCCUCUCAACACAGAGAACUACCAGAGAUAAAAUAACAAGAGUGCCAGAAUUUCAAAAGCCAUCUAACUGCACUGGAAAGCAAAGCCACUUCUACUGUCAGCCUAGCUAAGUUGGCAGUGCUGGCUCCAGGUGAAAACAUGUUCAAGGACAAACCAAGUUCAUCAGCAGGGGAGUUGAAUGAAGCACUGAGCUCAUUUUAUUUCUUACUAAGAGCAGAGACCAGAAAAAAAAGUUAAGCAAACAAAAGCAAGAACCACACACCCUGAGCAUUUUGAUGCAGUGGAGAUCACGGGAUGCUGGGAUCCCAGAACACUCCAAAUGAAACUGUUUGAUGUUGGAGAUUAACAUUCAAAAGAAUCACAAAGGUCAUUGUCUCACUGCUCCAGAGACUCUUGACCCUGCACAGGCUGAAGGUGUUCAUUUAUAACACACAUUUUCUCUUCUCCCUGUAAAAAGAGUGCAGAGUUUGUUGUGCAGUGGUACUUAACCCUUCUUUACUGUGGACAUGAGAAAACUCCCAGCAAACAGUAGAAUCAUAGAAUGGUAGGGGUUGGAAAGGACCUUUAGAGAUACCUAGUCCAACCCCCCUGCAGAAGCAGGGUCACCUAGUAGGUGCCUUUUCCCCAUGGAGUUCUCAUUUUUGGCCUUUAGUAAAAUACUACUAUUUUGUUUUAAAAAAGCAACACCCAAAGAGCAAGAGUGGCAAGGCAAGUGGUAGAAAUCUGUGAGAAAAAGAAACUGUGCUGCUAAGUAAUGCUCCCUUCUCAGGCUGCUCACUCACAUCAUUCUAGCAGCUUCCAGCUGCAGCUUCAUGUCUGGGCCUAAGUGUCCCAUCCACCAGUUAAACCUGAUCCUAUCACGUGAUCUUUGUGCUCCCUGCUUUUGUUUCUUUAAAACACACACAUACAUGCACAAAGGUAGUUUUCCAGAGUAUCUGUUUCAUGCAGAAAGAGAAUCUGUAGAGUCAAGGUUUCUCAGCGAGUGAUGUGGACAUGGCCAACUCAGACACAGGUGCAUGGGCCUUGGGCCAGGUUAGCAAUGACCUUUGUUAAAGCUCUUCUCCUUCUGGUUUAUUGCAAGAGCUUUUCUUGUCAGGUGAGGAAUACACUCAGUUGGAUAGAUGUUUUUUCCUCUUUCUACCUUGAAGCAAGCAAGGCCAUUGACUUUGUAGCAGAGUGUGUUGAACACACAUCCUCUAUAGCACUGCCUUUGUGCUGGCCUGGCCUCUUACAGCAUGCACCUUUCCCUCAUCCAGCAUUUGAGAAACCUGUCCUUCCCCUCCUAUGUUAAUUAUCACCUCAUUUAAUCAAAUGAUUCCUCUACAAGGGAAACUCAGCAUAUUUUCCACACAGCAGGUCUGGAAUUUUGUCACUUAAGCAUUUUGUUAGACCUGGCUAGACAUAGAGAGGAUUUGGGGAUCUUUCUCCUUUUCCUGGCUUUAUCUGUAGCUCUGCUGGAGGAAGAGGCAUUUUUAAAAGACACCUGUGUCCCAAGAUCCAGCAUACCUUCAUUAAACAGAAACCCUUUUAAGUUCAGAAUAAAUCAAAUCUGCUUUUUAGAUAUAUCACACCUCUUUGUGCCUCACUUUACUGACAGCAGUUCCUAAAUUUGAGGUGUCUGAGCUCACCAGCUUUUCAAACAUCUUUGUUGCUAAACUGUGUGACGUUUCUACUGGAACUUUUCUGUUCCUGUGCUCAGGGCUUCUAGGGUAAAAUAAAUACAAGUAUCAUUCACAUAA